GAGUUAGCGCGCGAGGCUCCGGUGUAACUCCCGUUAACACCGCCGAUUGUUUUAAUCCCGUUAAUAAAUAAAUUAAUAAAUAAAUAAAUAUAGACCGAGUCUGAGGACCGGGGGCGCGUGCGGACACUGAGAGCUGAGGGGGGAGAGGGGGGGCGGCGGUUACACACACACACACACACACACCGCGGGAGGGUCACAGUUACUGUCUGUGUGUGUGUGUGUGUGUGUGUUACAUGUGAUUUAAUAUGAACAACUGAUCGGAGUCACAUCGACCGGGAGCCUCGGACACAAUGAUCCUGUCUCGGGUGAAGCCUGCGCUUGGAGCUGAAAGCUCUCUGAGCUCCAGUGAGAAGAAGAGGAAGAGUAAGAGCAGAAAGAUCCCGCGUGUAGAGGAUUACCUGAACCAGAGAGACUACCUGGGAGCCAUGACGCUGCUGGAGUUCCAGAGAAAUAGUGGAACAGCUGAGGAGAACACAGACCUCUGGAUCAGCUACUGUGCAUUUCACUUGGGAGAUCACAAGAGAGCAAUGGAGGAGUAUAAGGCCCUGACCCUGAGCCCCGACUCCCCCCCUGAUGUCUGGGUGUUCCUGGGCUGUGCCCUCUUCUUCCUCGGCCUUUAUAAAGAAGCAGAAGAGGCGGCGCUCAGAGGACCAAAGAGUCAGCUACAGAACCGACUUCUCUUUCACCUAGCGCACAAGUUUGGUGAUGAGAAGAAGUUGAUGGGUUUCCACCAGAACCUGGAGGACGUGACUGAGGACCAGCUGAGCCUCGCCUCCAUCCACUACAUGAGGUCUCACUACCAGGAGGCCAUCGAUAUCUACAAACGCAUACUGCUGCAGAACAGGGAGUUCCUGGCCCUGAACGUCUACGUUGCGCUGUGUUACUAUAAGCUGGAUUAUUACGACGUGUCUCAGGAGGUUCUGGCCGUGUAUCUCCAGAGCGUUCCUGACUCCACCAUCGCGCUUAACCUCAAAGCCUGCAACCACUUCAGACUGUACAACGGAAAGGCUGCUGAGGCGGAGCUGAAGAACCUGAUGGACAUCUCCUCCAGCUCGUUCGAGUUCGCUAAAGAGCUGAUCAGACACAACCUGGUGGUGUUCCGUGGAGGUGAAGGAGCGCUGCAGGUUCUCCCUCCUCUCAUCGACGUCAUCACUGAGGCUCGACUCAACCUCGUCAUCUACUACCUCAGACAGGAUGAUGUUCAGGAAGCGUAUAAUCUGAUUAAGGACCUGGAGCCCACGACCCCUCAGGUACUGAUCCGACUCUCACCUGCUGAUCUUCAUCGCGCUGCCGCGGAGUACAUUCUUAAAGGAGUCGUGAACGCUGCACUCGGGCAGGAGCUCGGAUCUAGGGAUCAUUUGAAGAUUGCGCAGCAGUUCUUCCAGCUGGUCGGGGGUUCAGCCAGUGAAUGCGACACUAUCCCGGGUCGACAGUGCAUGGCCUCCUGCUUCUUCCUGCUGAAACAGUUUGAGGAUGUGCUGAUCUAUCUCAACUCAGUAAAGAGUUACUUCUACACUGACGACACGUUUAACUUUAACUACGCUCAGGCCAAGGCUUCUGUAGGGAACUACAAAGAGGCAGAGGAGGUGUUCCUGCUCAUCCAGAGUGAGAAGAUCAGGAAUGACUACGUGUACCUGAGCUGGCUCGCCCGCUGCUACAUUAUGAAUCAGAAGGCUCGUCUGGCCUGGGAGCUUUACCUCAAAAUGGAGACUUCAGCAGAUUCCUUCAGCCUCCUGCAGCUAAUCGCUAAUGACUGCUACAAGAUGGGACAGUUUUACUAUGCGGCGAAGGCAUUUGACGUUCUGGAGCGUCUGGAUCCGAUUCCGGAAUACUGGGAGGGGAAGCGCGGCGCCUGUGUGGGAAUCUUCCAGCUUAUCCUGGCAGGACGAGAGCCAAGAGAGAGUCUGAAGGAGGUUCUGCCGAUGUUACGCAGCACGGGAAACCCGCAGGUCGAGUACAUCAUCCGCAUCAUGAAGAAAUGGGCCAAAGACAACCGAGUCGCUGUGUGACAUCAUCAUCAGGACCUUAGAAAGAGUGUGUGUGUGUGUGUGUGUGUGUGUGUGUGUGGAGCAAAAACAUGUCACACUCUUUAUUGCUCAACACCUACAUAGUAAAAUCUUUAUUUUGUAAUCAUGAACAUGCAUUAAAACAUUUUUGUGAAUAAAAUUUGAAUUGUAAUCAUGUUACAUCAGACAUUUAGAAGAAUAUUAUCUCUACAUUAAAUACUC